AGCAAACGAUACUUCAUUUGUAAACAGGCCUUGUUGUCGGGUAGUUUGAACAGUACUUUCUGUGUUUUUUUUAUCCUCGUUUAACCAUGGGGAAGUCUUUUGCUAAUUUUAUGUGCAAGAAGGAUUUUCACCCAGCGUCAAAAUCCAACAUAAAGAAGGUAUGGAUGGCAGAGCAGAAAAUAACCUUCGACAAGAAGAAACAGGAGGAGCUAAUGCAGGCUUAUGUGAAAGAGCAGGAAACAUACAACAACAGACUGCUGAUGGGUGAUGACAGAGUGAAAAAUGGCCUGAAUUUUAUGUAUGAAGCUCCUCCUGGUGCCUCCAAAGAGGAAACCAAAGAGGAAGGUGAAGAUGAGUAUAAGUUUGAGUGGCAGAAGGUUGCUCCUCGUGAAAAGUAUGCUAAAGAUGACAUGAACAUCAGAGAUCAGCCUUUUGGGAUCCAGGUGCGGAAUGUACGGUGUAUCAAGUGUCAUAAGUGGGGCCAUGUGAACACCGACAGGGAGUGUCCUCUCUAUGGGCUGUCAGGAAUCAACGCCAGCUCUGGCUCUGUAGCAAAUGAUGAAGCAGGCCCGUCGAUGCACCCCUCCGAGUUAAUGGCAGAGAUGCGGAACAGUGGGUUUGCGCUGAAGAAAUGUGUCCUUGGAAGGAACGCCACUGUUUGUGAUCCAGCACAGGGAUUUGUGGCCAGUGAGGAAGAAGAUGAUCCUGAAGUAGAGUUUCUGAAAUCUUUAUCUACAAAGCAGAAACAGAAGCUCCUCAGAAAACUCGAUCGGCUAGAAAAGAAAAAGGACAAAAAGAAGAAGAGUAAAAAGGAGAAAAAGAAGAAGAAACGCAAACAGAAGAUGACAUCCAGCAGCACCUCGGACAGUAGUACCAGCUCUGAGUCUGAACCUGAAAAACACAAAUCUAAAAAAGAGAAGAAGGGAAAAAAGAAAAGAAGGAGGGACUCAAGUGAGAACAGUUCUGAGAGUGAAGGAAGGCAGGAGCCUUACAAUAGAAACCACUUUCAAAGUUCUGAUCAUAAGCAUAGCCAAGACAAACAUGCAUACACACAGUCAGAUGAGCAGAACAGACGACAGGAAAAAUCUAGAAGGUCACCGCAAAGAAAAGAAAGUCUGCAGAAUGAGAACAAAGAGAGAGAAUGGAGGAGUAGGGACCGGGAGAGAAGAAGAGGUGAAGGAGAAAAGGGCGAAUAUGGAACCAGCAGAACCAGAGAUGGUGAGAGAAAUAGGAGUUUGAGUAAAGAAAGGAAAAGGACAGAGAAGAUUUGGGAUCCUGAAAGGAUAACUGAUAAGGAAAGGAUUGCCAGACAGCGAAGUGUGAGUUAUGAGCAAGGACGGAAUGAAAAAGGAAGGAGUCACAGCCGGGAUAGACAACAAGAGAAGGAGGCAAAGAGGAGAGAGAGGAGUGAGAGCUUUGAACAAACUCGAUGCGGAAAGGGAAGAAACAGGAGCAAGGAGAGAGUGCAGCGUAGGAGUAGGAGUAGGGAAAGAAUAAGAGUGAGGGCUGGGAGUAGGGAAAGAGUCGUGAACAGGAGUAGAGAAACCGUGAAGGUUGGGAAAGAAAGAAAUGGAAGUCCAAGCCGAUGGGAUGGGAAACGAUAAAAGAGGAAGCAGAGACCCUGAAGUUAUGUUUUCCUGUUGGUGUAAAUUAGGAUUUGUUUUUAAUAUGAAAUUGUAUUGGGUAUACAAUGACCUGUAAUGGUUUUACUACUUUAAAUCUUUAACAUCAGUCUUUACUUUACAGAGUUUGUAUUUGCUGUAGUAAAAAAUGCAUGCCAGUCUGA